GCGCACUCCACCUCUCGGCGUCGGCUCCUUUUCCUGUGUGAGUUGCAUGUCGGGAGCGCGGAAAAAAAAGGCCCGGGUUGCGAGGGGCCCCAUCAGCAAUAUAAGGGAUGGAAAAGUGACUAUUGGAAACAUGUGCGUUUGGAACCAAAGGGAGAAAAGUGGUGUGCUUUUUUCUACCCGGGUGCAAGGGGACUAAGCACACCUACAUUCAAACAUGCCUUCAGCCCAUCUUAAUUCUGCCUCCCACUGGAAUAUGUCCCUUCUUUGCCGUCUGCUUCUCUGGGCAGAGAAAAAGCACUGGGGUGGAUUUGGUGGAUGGGGGAGGAGUUAUUCCCAAGGAAGUAAGCCCGAUCUUAAUAAGCAAGUGGGUAAAAUGGACCAUCUAAAAAAUAAGGAACAAAGACAAAAGCGGUUGUGGAAGAAGAUGGAGGCUAUUGAAGCUCAAAUGGCUGCUGGGCCCAAGGAGUCACACCUACAUUCAAACAUGCGUUCAGCCCAUCUUAAUUCUGCCUUCAACUGGAAUAUGUCCCUUCUUUGCCGUCUGCUUCUCUGGGCAGAGAAAAAGCACUGGGAUGGAUUUGGUGGAUGGAGGAGGAGUUAUUCCCAAGGAAGUAAGCCCGAUCUUAAUAAGCAAGUGGGUAAAAUGGACCAUCUAAAAAAUAAGGAACAAAGACAAAAGCGGUUGUGGAAGAAGAUGGAGGCUAUUGAAGCUCAAAUGGCUGCUGGGCCCAAGGAACCUUCAAAUCAAAACAAGACCCUUUCCUCAAGAAACAUCACGGAAUAUGACAUCCCAACUAUAGCCGGACAGAAAAAAGAUACCUCAGCCCCUUUGCCCGCCUCCUAUAGUCCACGCUAUGUUGAAGCUGCUUGGUAUCCUUGGUGGGUGAAAGAAGGUUUUUUUAAACCAGAAUGCCAGCAACACCUGCCCCACAGGAAGCCAGAAACGUUUUCUAUCUCUCUUCCACCACCUAAUGUCACAGGAUCCCUUCACCUGGGGCAUGCCUUGACUGUGGCUAUUGAAGAUGCUUUGGUACGAUGGAGACGAAUGCAAGGCUAUCGAGUUCUAUGGCUCCCAGGUUCUGAUCAUGCUGGAAUUGCAACUCAGGCGGUGGUAGAAAAAAAGAUCUGGAAAGAACGGGGAGUUUUGCGGCAAGAUCUCUCACGUGAUGAAUUUCUCCAAGAAGUUUGGAAGUGGAUCGAGGAGAAAGGGAAUGAAAUAUUCAAACAGCUGAAAGAGAUGGGAGCAUCUUUGGACUGGGACAGAGCCUGUUUUACUAUGGACUCAAGUUUCUCUCAAGCCGUGACAGAGGCCUUUGUGCAGCUCCACGAACAAGGCCUGAUAUAUCGAGACAGGCGCCUGGUGAACUGGUCUUGCGCCUUGCAGUCGGCCAUUUCUGACAUUGAGGUGGAAAAUAGACAGAUAAAAGGACGGACAAAACUCUCUGUGCCCGGACUUGAGGACAAAGUGCUGUUUGGAAUAUUGGAGACAUUUGCUUACAAAGUAGAAGGAGAGGAAGGCAUGGAACUUCCUGUGUCUACCACCCGUCCCGAGACCAUGUUUGGUGAUGUGGCCGUCGCCAUUCACCCAGAUGACUCGCGCUAUUUGCACUUGCAUGGCAAGAGUGUGUGCCAUCCAUUCACCGGACGUCUCCUUCCUAUCAUUACGGAUCCAGCAGUGGAGCUGCAGAUGGGCACAGGGGCUGUGAAGGUCACUCCAGCACACAACCAUGUUGACUACAAACUGGCCCAGAGGCACAAUUUGCCGCUCAUUUCAGUUAUUGCAGAAAAUGGCACGAUGACCGCAGAAUGUGGAGAAUGGGUGCAGGGACUGCAUCGAUUCCUGGCUCGAGAGAAAGUGUUGGCUGCUUUGAAGGAGAAAGGACUCUAUCGGGGUGCUAAAGACCAUUGUUUAGUCCUUCCUAUUUGCAGCCGCUCUGGAGAUGUGAUUGAAAUCGUCUUGAAGAACCAGUGGUUUGUCCGAAGUGAAGCUAUUGCUCAAAGCGCCUUAGAGGCUGUGGAAUCUGGAUCUUUGAAGCUCAUCCCCCAAUUUUAUGAGAAAAGCUGGAGGACUUGGCUCUUGAGCAUCAAUGACUGGUGUAUUUCUCGACAACUGUGGUGGGGUCAUCAGAUUCCAGCCUAUCGGGUCAUGCUUCCUGGAUCACCUGGCCUAGAAGAGCGGAAGGAGAACGAUGGGUUAUGGGUAGUGGGCAGGACGGAAGCAGAAGCUCGGACAAAGGCAGCUGGCAUGCUGGGAAAAGCUGAAGAGCAGCUGGAGCUGGUGAGAGAUUCUGAUGUCUUGGAUACUUGGUUCUCCUCCAGCCUCUUUCCUUUUGCUGCCUUGGGCUGGCCCCACAAGGUGGAAGAUCUCCAGCAAUUCUUUCCCAACAAUCUUUUGGAAACUGGGAGUGACCUUCUGUUCUUUUGGGUCGCCCGGAUGGUGAUGCUGGGAAAACAACUAACUGGAGAACUGCCUUUCUCUCAGGUGUUCCUUCACUCCCUAAUCCAUGAUGCUCAUGGCAGGAAAAUGAGCAAAUCUCUUGGGAACGUGAUUGACCCUUUGGAUGUUAUUCAUGGGGCCUCUUUGCAGGUCCUACAGCAGAAGCUAAAGGACAGCACUGUGAGUCCACGAGAGCUUGUCAUUGGUUCAGAAGGCCUGCUGCAGAAUUUUCCUCAAGGAAUUGCUGAAAGUGGCUCUGAUGCUCUAAGGUUUGCUCUCUGCCGUUACGAUGCCCACGGCACCAGUAUUAAUCUAGACAUGGCGGACAUGGAAAAAGCCUCCCAUUUCUGUAAUAAGGUGUGGAAUGCCCUAAAGUUCACUUUUGCAGCUUUGGGAGAAGAGUUUGCCCCACUGGAUCCAGAGCAGCACUCCAUCACUAAUGUGUUGCCUCUCUCUUCCAAGGAAUCUGUUAAGCCCAUCCUGAGGAGUGGAGAUCCAGUUCGUCUUUUGUCUACUCGGCAGACUUUGUACAGUUGUGUAGACCUGGCUCUGCGCCUCCUGUCUCCCUUCAUGCCUUUUGUCACUGAGGAGCUGUGGCAGCGGCUUCCCAAGACAGACCUGGAGACAUCUCCUAGUAUCUGUGUGGCCAGGUAUCCAAGCCCUGAACGUCUGAGACAUUGGUGUAAUCCCGAGGAAGAGGCUAACUUCUUGUUAGUGCAGCAAAUUAUCCAAGUGAUACGCUCCAUGAGGGCAACUUACCAGCUGACCAAAGCUCGACCAACAGUGUAUCUGGCUUGCUCAGAAACAGCCCCCUGGGCUGCCUAUGAGAAAUAUCAGGAGCCAUUACAGACAUUGUCUUUCUCUGGAUCUGUGAAUCUUCUCCCCAAUUCUGAGGAAAUGGAGCUACCUCUGAAUUGCCUGGCUGUGAAAGCCAAUGGUCAUACUAGCGUUUACAUGGAUCUGCAGGAUUUGGUGGAUCCUCACAAAGAACUCCUCAAACUGACAUCUCGGCAACAGAAAUUGAAGCAACAGCUGGCAAACCUCACAGAAAAACUUCAGAAGCAAAACUCCUUAAAAGCCAAAAUGAAUCACGAGCAAAAGAUUUCCUUGCUUCGUUCAGAGCUGCAGCACAUAGAACAAGCGUUUGCCACUUUUCAGAAAAUGGCCAAAUAGCAGGAUGCUCAACUGACUAAGGAGACCUAGUGGAUUUACCCUGUUCCAGAUAGCAGAAUUAACUCCAAGGCAGAGGAUGUUGAGCUUUAGGGCAGAUCCUGGAAGGUUCACCAGAGUUUAGGCAUCACCUUCUAUGGUGGGAAUUGAUUUUAGAGUUAUUACUCAGGAUUUGUUGGCACCAGCUCAAUUUUAGAAGCAUCAGUAAUGAUGGCGGCUGAAAAAAAUAUUAGACCCAUCAUGGUGGCAUCUGCCAUGAAACCUCUCUUCCAUAUGAAUGAUUUGCUUAGAAAUUGUUGGGGCAAGGAUAUGAAUGUCUGAAAUAUGUCAUGGUUUAUUGCUCUAAUUCUUUAAUAAAGAGGAAAUGGGCAUUGUAUUUUCCCCCUAAGGAUAAUUUCCUUUCCAUUAGCAGGGAUCAUCAAAAGGGUAAUAUUUUUGGUCCUUUUGACUACGCAGUUCAGAUUGCUUCACUUGGCUUGUAGUAUAAUAUUGUUUGGUACCCUAAUAAAAUAUUUAUCUUUUUAAAACUUG